AUGGAGACUCUUACCUCAGUUCCUGCCUUCGCCUCCCUGGAGAGCGCUGAGCUCGCCCAGGCUACUCAGGAAGCCACCGAGCUCUCCAGACAGAUCUUGGCCAUCAUCUUCGAGUAUGCUCUCAACAAAUUCGACGACAGCAUGGACAGACUCGGAGCUGGUAUCCCCAAGUUCCUUGCUGUCAUUGACGCGUUCGUCAUGGCCAAGAAGCAGGUCCUGAUGUGCCUGCCUGCCUUCCCCUUCAAGUCUGCCAACAAGCAGUACAAGGUCCUGGGUGUUUUGCCCGACAAGGCAGAGGAGAUUGCUGUCGAGCGCCUCAACACCAUGUGUGUGCGCAUUGGCAAGAUCUAUGCUCCUGGUGCCAAGCUGACCAUCAUCUCUGAUGGCCUUGUAUACAACGAUCUCUUGAGCAUUCCUGAUCGCCACACCUGGGCUUACGGCGAGGCUCUGCGCGCCAUGGUCCUCCAGAAGGGCUUCACUCAGAUCGACUUCUCCCGUAUCAAGGAUCUGGUCGACUUCCCUCUCCCAGACCAGCUGGACGAGAUCAAAUACGUUGCCAACGCCACCAACUUCCGCCGCGUCCUCUUGAACAAGUACGGCAAGGAGGACCACGACAUUGAUAGCGAGAUUGCAGAGAAGCCCGACACUCUCAUGACAUAUCGCGGCUACUGCAGAUUCCUCGAGUCUGAUUUGCAGUACAUCUUCCCUCUUCAGGCUGGACGAACCAGCAACGGAUACAAGAGGAGUGUCAAGUUCCUCGCCAAGGAGAUGUUGCUGCGCGGAUACGCCUUUGCUGGAGCCGUCAAGAACGCCUUCCCCGACCACCUGCGUCUCUCCAUCCACCAGUCCACUGGUGAGCACAAGCUGUCCAUGGCUCUCCUCAACUCCAAGACCGGCUUCACAACCCCUUGGCACUGCUCAGUCGCCCUGAUGGCCGACGGCGAGUGGGAGAGCGCCCCUAUGGGCUACUACAAGAACGACCCCACCAUGGAGGUUGUCGAGGAGGAUGGUCGCCCCAGCUACUUCAAGCAGAAGGUUGAGGAGGAGGCUAGCAACUAA